AUGGCUAGCGAUAGAAAUUAUAAUCGUAAAGUAUACGCUUGUGCUGUUCAAAAUGAUUCGGAUGGUGAUAUAAAAGUCAAUUUCACGUAUGUUGGAGUUCCAACCAGACAAGGAGAUAUCAAACAAACGCAUGCUGAACUCGAUGUUGAAAAAGGCAAACGAAAAUAUGUUCUUCAAAAGAUUCAAACACGACCAACACACAACAUUAUUGAGGUUAUCGAACAAGUCGAGGUUGUACGAGCAAAUGGAUCGAAAAUGGAAAUCAAAGCACCUUUUGAAGGUGUAAAAACUCCUGUCAACGAUUGGCUUUUCACUGUUACCAACACAGAAAUCAAGUCGGUUGGUGUUUGGAGUGAAGAGAAAAAAAAAUAG